GCGGGUCGCUCCAGUUUCUGCAAAGUUUAUUCAACUUCCGGUCGAAGACGUCACACACCGGAAAGCGUCUUUUUUUCUCCUGACACGUAGCAGCCGCAGCCGAGCUGGCAGCUGCCUGAGUAGAUUGUCAAACUCUGAGGUGAGAGAUGUCUGGGUUUGACAACUUCAACACGGACUUCUACCAGUCAAGCUACAGUGUAGAUGACCAGAACCAGCCUGGCUAUGGAUACAACAAUGAAAAUCAGUAUAAGCAAUAUGGUCAAUAUGACUACAGCCAGCAAAUGGGUUACGCCGCCCCGGGUAUGAUGCAGCCCCAGCAGCCAUACACGGGCCAAAUCUUCCAGCCCACGCAAACCUACACACCGUCCUCAUCACAAUCCAUGUACAGCAGCAGUUUUGAUGACGAGCCGCCGCUACUGGAAGAAUUAGGAAUCAACUUCGACCACAUCUGGCAGAAGACUCUGACGGUCCUCCAUCCUCUAAAGGUGGCAGAUGGUAGUAUUAUGAACGAGACGGACCUGGCUGGCCCCAUGGUCUUCUGCUUGGCCUUCGGUGCAACUCUCCUAUUGGCUGGUAAGAUCCAGUUUGGCUAUGUGUACGGCAUCAGUGCAAUUGGCUGCCUGGGCAUGUACUGCCUGCUCAACCUCAUGAGUAUGACGGGCGUAUCAUUCGGCUGCGUGGCCAGCGUGUUGGGGUACUGCCUUCUACCCAUGAUCGUCCUGUCCAGCUUCGGAGUCCUCUUCUCAUUACAGGGUCUGAUGGGAAUCGUCCUCACGGCAGCUAUCAUUGGCUGGUGCAGCCUGUCUGCGUCAAAGAUCUUCAUCUCUGCAUUAGCAAUGGACGGGCAGCAGCUGCUGGUCGCCUACCCGUGCGCGCUGCUCUAUGGCGUCUUUGCACUCAUCUCCGUCUUCUAGAGAGCAGCUUUUUUCCAGGCUCGAGUGUAGCUCCCCCCCAACCCCCUUCGUUUCACGCCCCAUAUUAAUUUCUUCUUUCUCCUUGUGAUGGAGCCAAUGAGAGCACUGUAGACGGGUGAGAAUCCAUUUGGGGACCUGUCUCUUAUUUCAACAAGACUGAUAUCAACAGUAGGCUAAAAUUGGAGCCUGCAGGAGGCGCCACACAUCAGCGUUUUGUACUUGUGGAUCAGAAUCAUGUUUAUUUUGCCAAGUAUGUCAAAAAAACAUUUGUUUCUGGAAUUUGGAGCCACUCUCAUACGGCAACAGAGGGCCACGGAGACUUCACUUCCACCCAAGACAUCAGCCACUUCCUGUGAUUCUUCACAGAGAGUGUGGAAGAGGCUCUCUUGGAAUUCAUUUCAGAUGGGAUGCCUUUUACCACGACAUAAAUACACUGCACAGAUUUAAGAAAUGAAAUCAUUUAACUUGAUGACGACUCAAUGGAUAUACACGGGCACGCCCCUGAAAGAUCUAAUUUUAUCCUUUUUGUCCUCAAUGUUUAUUUUAGUAUGCACAGUUUUGUAUGCUUCGAUGUUCCUUGUCAUUCAUGUCAGUGGUCUUUAAAGGUGUACACUCAUGUACAUAUGGCGAAACGUCAAUAAAACAAAAAUUGAUAAGUGA